AUGGAUGAACCCUCUAUCCGACGGCCAAAGGAGCCUCUUACCUUGGACACCCUGCCAGUUGAAAUCCAGGAGGCCAUCCUUUCUCAGCUCGACAGCAUCUGUACCCUGAAAGCUGCUGCGGCGUCAUACAAGUCACUGGGAGAUCUGGUAUCAUAUUACCCGGAUCGAAUCGUCAAGCCGAUACUGAGAUCGACGGUUCCCGAUGAUAUAUUCCCCCAAGCCCUCGUGGUUUUCAGAUCAUCAAGGCUACGGACUAUAAACGUCGAGAUCGUUGAAAAUAUUCUCGGUGAUUAUUUCAAGUCCCUAAAGAGUAUAUCACGGCCAGCUUUAUCGUUGCAAAAGGCUGCUGCUCUGGAAGACUUUCAUCAGCUCGUUCAAGCGUUCUCAGAGGUCUUCGUUUCCAAUGCACUUUCUAAGCACCCUAUCUCAGGAGCCAAAGAGUAUCAUCCACGAAAUGCCAGCACAAGUGAGCUCUACCGUAUCCAACGGUCUUUAUACAGGUUUGAGCUUUGCUGUAACCUGUUUAAGAAAAAAGAGAGACAGAAAGAUCCCUCUCGUCACCCCCCAUUGGCCAUCUCUCCCAGGGACCAGCUGAGGCUUUUCUUUCACCGUCUCUCGCCAUGGGAGAAUGAGCAGCUGGGAUGUAUUCAUGAUUUCCUGUUGCGAAUAAUAAACAAAGCUUACAACGAUGUUGCUGCGCACGACGUGGACUGGGGUGUCCAGAGGAAAAGCUAUAUCGAGGAGUUUAGGGUCACGCAGAUGGAUGAUGACAGGAAUCGCUAUCUAUUGAUGGGCUUAAGAUACAUUAAUCGUCUCGGAACUGAAGGAGACACAUUCGAACGUCGCCUGGAAAUAUUGAGUGAACCGACGCGCCUUGAUCCUCUACACCACUUCUUAGGCAGAGCUCUCAAAGAGUCGAAUGCGGUUACGGACAAUGUUCAAUUAUGCGAAUAUAGCGAAGAGCGGCUUUCUUGUGAACCCCGACUGCCAGCGAUGAAAGAUCGUGACGGUCCGAUUGAAGUUUGGAGAGUCACACAUUGGCACACCUCUAGCAAGAGUUUUGUCAUGGCUGACGAGCAUAUCCCUCUCCGUGAAAGGGGGUAUGUCAUGUGGGAUACUGACAGACUAUUAGAAUGGGGGUUACUCAAUACGCCCUGGCGGCCGCCUCCUCCAGAAUCAUUCUACCCCUCGAGAAAGGUCGAGGAUGAGAUGCGCCGAUCCUAUAGUCGAAGGAGGGAGAUUUCGCUGGAUGGCGGGAGUGGAUGGUGGAGUGAAAAUGAUGAAAGCAAGGUUGUAUAUCGGAAAUACGAGUUCAACCGCCGCCUCCAGCGCUACAAGGAGGUUGAAUUUAUCAUUUCCCCAUCUGGAGAGCGUGUUUAUAUUUCUAAUGAUUAA